UACAGAUUUCCCAAUACGCGCUGCCCACGAAAAAUGCAUUUCCUAAGAAACAAUAUCCCAAGCACACGCUUAGCCACUAUUUACUCUAAAGCAGCAAACCCAACCCUCAAUCAUUUCAAUUUUUAUAUGGAUCCUCUGGUCACCCCACCCCACUACCCCUCCAACCAAUCUCCAACCCGAAUUCCAACUCCCUCAACCUCCCGCAUCCACCUUCUCUACCACCAUGUCCACCACUGCCACUCCACCAAACGAAUCCCUCUCCGACGAACUCCUAACCAUAAACUCCAUCUACACCCCGACAACCCUCGUCCCCUCGUCCCCCUCCUCCUCCUCCUCAUCCCAAACCUACUCCCUCCGCCUCCCCUCCCUCCCCUCCAUCACCCUCCGCAUCCACUUCCCCCCAGCCUACCCGGACGCACCCCCCAGCAUCCUCGGCACCGAAACCGUCGGCGACGACCUCCCAAAGGGCGCCGGGACCCACGUCGUCGACAUCGUGCGACGCGUGCUAGCAGAAGUGUAUACGCCGGGUCUACCAUGCGUGUUCUCGCUCCUCGAGGAAGUGAGGGAAGCGCUGGAAAGGGCUGAGGAGGAGGGGACGCUGGUGUUGUACUCGCAGAGCGAGGAACAGCGAGGCUCUCAGUUGGAAAGCUCUACGCGCGAUGAUGAGGAGGAGGUCACGCAGAAUGAUGGGAUGGCGGACGCAUCACUACUGGGGCCGGAACCGCCUUGGGUGAUUGCUCCCCCGAUCACGGAGAAGAAGUCAGUCUUCAUUGCGCGCGCGGCCCGUGUCUCGUCGCCCUCGGAGGCUCGAGACUAUGUCAAGCAUCUGCUUGCUACGGAUAAGAAGGUCGCGAGGGCGACGCACAACAUCACGGCGUGGCGGAUCCGCGGCGCAAACGGAGCUACAUACCAAGACUGUGAUGACGAUGGGGAGACGGCGGCCGGUGGGAGAGUACUGCAUCUGAUGCAAUUGAUGGAUGUGUGGGACGUCAUGGUGGUCGUCACCAGAUGGUAUGGCGGCAUACUCUUGGGGCCCGAUCGAUUUCGCAUAAUAAACUCUGCCGCGAGAGAGGCGCUGGUCUUGGGUGGCUUUGCGAAAGAGGGCAAAGAGGCUGGCGCAGGGGAUGGGAGGAAGAAGACUAAGAAGUAACAGCGCAUGAGUAUAGAUGAUACAGUUGUUUACUAUGGAUCUGCCCUCAUGGCACAGCGGCUCAUUGCCUAGUCCUCCGCAAAGGAAUAACCGAUGUUCUUUAUACAUGGAUGGAAGAAGGGUCGGAAACCCAAAAUCAAACCAACUCCCGAGCCGACGCCACAAGCAUGGAUGGAACAACUUUCGUCCCAGAAGCGAAAUUCAAACCCAAAGCCACGUCGCUUCAUGAUCAAAGGAGCCACGGACGGGCACGAUAGCGAGCCUUGUCGGGGUCCUCUUGCGCGGAGUGAAUUUCGUUGGAAGGGAACAAGAUAGAUCGAACAGGAGGUUCCAGAGCUUUCAUUAUUGAGUGACGGAUUU